AAAAUGGAGGACGUCACUGAACGUCCCCCAGCAACCCUCGGCAGCGUCUCGGAAAACACCGGGAGGAAGAUGGGUUUGUUGUCAAUCCUUAGAAAACUAAAGAGUGCCCCAGAGCAGGAGGUACGCAUUCUGCUUCUCGGAUUAGACAAUGGUGGAAAGACGACACUUCUCAAACAGCUUGCCUCUGAGGAUAUUAGUCACAUCACCCCGACACAGGGCUUUAACAUUAAGAGUGUGCAGUCUCAGGGCUUCAAACUGAAUGUCUGGGACAUUGGAGGCCAGAGGAAGAUAAGGCCGUACUGGAGAAACUACUUUGAAAAUACUGACGUGCUUAUUUAUGUCAUAGUUCAGGAAAUGUGA